UUUAGUUAUUCGUCAAACGAUAUUAGAAAAUAUGAGAAAUAUGAAUAUAAAUUAUCCAAUUGUAAUUUUAUUCUUACUGUUAAUUUCCUAUUGCUUUUCGUACAAUCAGAAUGUACUUUUAAACAAAUUGAAGCGACUAAAGCGGGAAGAAACAAAUUUCAAUGAAUCGCCAAACAUUACAAAACCACUAGAAUACACAUGUACACUUUUAUUUCGUAACAAAGAAGAGAUAUACGAAAGCAUAAGGAGAGGUUAUUUCAUGAGUAGAUUAACAAUCGCAGGUAGAAAUGUGAAAUUUAGUAACAUACCGAAAAAUGAAUUUUGUAAGGGGCGCACAUUGGUUAUUGAAUUAAUAGCAACUGAGAGCGUGAUAUUCGAUGAGGAUUUUAAUUCACGUGGUUUAGAUUUAACACUCGUUGUUGCUGCACCACUAUGGUUAAUUGGUCUGAAUCGAAAGAUAAUUCUUAAUGGUGCAAAUGGAGAAUCACAUGCAUCACCGAAAAAAGUUCCAAACUCAAUUCACGGUGCAGACGGUAAGGAGGGAUUCCCAGGUGGUCCCGGUGGUUAUUUCUACGGUAUAGGCGAUGAAUACAAUUGGCAAACUGCCAAUGGCGAAAUAAUUAAUAACACAGAAACAAAAACAUAUCCUCUCUGUUAUUACAGCACUGACGAAUUUAUCGAAUAUUUCGUAUGUCCGUACAGAAUAGCCAAACCAAUAGCCGGCGUUGGUGCUCUUAAUGAACCAAUCGACACCGAUUCGAAGCUUCGAAUCUACGUCAACGGUGGUAAUGGCGGAAGGGGACAAAAUGGCGGCGAUGGUGAGAAAGGCACUGACGGCACAACCUUCGAUCUCGAUCCGCAAAAAAUAGAACGAAAUGGAUUUGUCGACGGUUUUGAUACAAUUCUACACGAGGAUGUUGAACCACUGGCUAAUGAGACAUAUUUGGGAAAGGGAAUAUCAGAGGUUAUUGUCGGUGCAAUGCCGGAAAUUGGUGGACGUGGUGGUAAAGCGGGUCCUGGUGGAUUGGCUGGUCAACCAGGAGGUGUUGCCAUGAUCUGCGUAUCCAAUCUUUAUCCAUUUUUUCGACAAGAACAAUCACCUGAUGAUAUUAUAGUUUAUGGUAAUGAAGGUGCAGAGGGGAAGCAAGGCGCCAGUGGAUUGGCGGGAUAUUCAGACAGUACAGGUUAUGAUGUACAAUUAAGUGUAUAUUAUACACCGAGUACAAAAAUUCAACUGAGAAACAUUGAAUUUUAUCCACACGUUAAUCCCUACACUUCUAGAAGUCUUCAAAAUUUGGGUGUUUCAAAACGUCAGAAUAAGCAAAGAAUUUAUAGAAAAUUCUACACGGUUUACGAAGCGGUUGAAAAAUAUACGAAUUUCACUUUCUUUAAUCUUGCCAAUACACCAAAUGGAAGAUGGCAAAGAAAUAUUUUUUCAGCUCUACAGGACACUUAUCAUUCAUCAUGGCGUCUACAAAGUUAUGCUUAAUUUGAAUUAUUAUAAAUGAAAAUUAAUGAAUCAUUUCUAACUAUACUGGUUAAGGUUCGCCUAUAUGCCAGAUCGUUUACCCUUCAUCCUUAUUACACAUAAAUAAACAUUAUUUUAUUCA